AUGGACCGGUUCAGGGCCUUGCCCGAGGGUGAGUUGUCGGACAGUCAGAAGCUGCGGCGUGACGUGGAGCUGCUGAAGGACAUCGACGGCGCCCACACCCAGACGGUCUUCAUGUUGCAGGACCUCAUCGAGUUCCAGCUCUGGGGCCUGCGCGACCUCCGCAAGGACGUCGUGCUGCAGACCCUCACCGUCGUCCAGUUCGCGCUGGUCGUGAUGGACGCCGUGCUCUUCUCCGUGCUCACCAUCGGCUCCGGGGUCAAGCAGUACUACCCGUUCCUCGUGGUCUACCCGCUACUCGCGCUGCUGGCCGGCCUGUGGCUGGUCGAGCUGUGCCUCGGGCCCUGCUGGCGCGCCGGCUGCUGCGCGCGGGCCAUGGCCUGCCGCCCCGACGACCGCCGCAGCCUCUACGUGACCGAGGUGGUCGUGCUCCUCUUCUUCCUACUGCUGCUCCUCCUGCUGUCGCUCUUCAACCUGGGCUGGACCCUCUACCAGUUCGACGACGACGAAGACGAAGGCGGGGUGGCGUCGCACGACUAUCGGCAGCUGCUGUGGGUCGACGUCGCGCUCUCCGCGGGCAGCCUCGUCGUCAGCCUCGCCGCGCUGUCGCGCUACGCGCGGCUGCUGGGGCCGUUCUGCUGCCAGGGCGACGGCCGGGCGGCGGCGGCUCGAGCAGCGGCAGCAGCACCAGCGCGGGCCGGAGCCGACGACGAUGUCGAGAUGCAGCCCGUGGUGGCCAGAGGGCCGGAGCCGCGCAUUCCGAGAACUGCUGCCUAUUGCGUGGUGGACCUCCAACACCGAGAAGAGGACGAAGAGGAGGAAGAGCAGCCUCUCAAUGCCUACUGA